AUCAGUCGCCAUGGCCAGAACCAAGCAGACCGCUCGUAAGUCCACCGGAGGCAAAGCCCCCAGGAAGCAGCUGGCCACCAAGGCCGCCCGGAAGAGCGCCCCGGCCACCGGCGGAGUGAAGAAGCCUCACCGCUACAGGCCCGGUACCGUGGCUCUGAGGGAGAUCCGCCGCUACCAGAAGUCCACGGAGCUGCUGAUCCGCAAGCUGCCCUUCCAGCGGCUGGUGAGAGAAAUCGCUCAGGACUUCAAGACCGACCUGCGCUUCCAGAGCUCCGCCGUCAUGGCCCUGCAGGAGGCCAGCGAGGCUUACCUGGUGGGGCUGUUCGAGGACACCAACCUGUGCGUCAUAUUCAACAUGAGCGGACGAGGAAAAGGAGGAAAGGGUCUCGGUAAAGGAGGCGCUAAGCGUCACCGUAAAGUCCUCCGUGACAACAUCCAGGGAAUCACCAAACCCGCCAUCCGCCGUCUGGCUCGCCGUGGGGGGGUGAAGCGUAUCUCCGGUCUGAUCUACGAGGAGACCCGCGGUGUGCUGAAGGUCUUCCUGGAGAACGUGAUCCGUGAUGCCGUCACCUACACCGAGCACGCAAAGAGGAAGACGGUGACCGCCAUGGAUGUGGUGUACGCGCUCAAGAGACAGGGACGCACCCUGUACGGAUUCGGGGGUUAA